AUGGGAUCUUGUGAUCAUUCAGGUUACAUUGAACACGGCGGCUCCUGCUAUCACUUCUCCACCAGCAAGAGGGACUUCUACUCGUCCAAAGCAUCAUGCGAAAAUCUUGGAAUGCACCUGGUCUACAUAGGAUCUCAGCAAGAACAAAUCUUCUUAGCCGACAACCUGCCGAGAGACGACGGCGCCGAAAACGAUUACAGCGACGAUAGCGAUGACGAUAGUGAUGGUGGUAGCGACGAUAGUGGUGGUGGCAGCGACGAUAGCGAUGACGAUAGUAGUGGUGGCAGCGACGAUAGCGAUGACGAUAGUGGUGGUGGCAGCGACAAUAGCGAUGACGAUAGUGGUGGUGGCAGCGACGAAAGCGAUGACGAUAGUGGUGGUGGCAGCGACGACAGUGACGAUAGUAAUGGCAGCGAUGACGAUAGUGGUGGCGGCAGCGACGACAGCGACGAUAGUGAUGACAGCGACGAUAGCGAUGACGGUGGUGGUGGUGGCAGCGACAAUAGUGAUUACGACGAUGAAAACGACAGCAACGAUGGCGAUGACGACAACGACAUGGAUAGUUAUUGGAUAGGUCUGACCCGAUUGGCCUGGCUAGAUGGCUCAGGACUGCCCUAUGAAAACUUAGGAGAUAGGAGUUCCUCUGCUUUUGAUGACGGGGGGAUCUGUUACUUAAUGAGAGCAGCAGAAACGUUCCAAUGGAUCAACAUGAACUGUUCUAUUAGCAACCGAUACAUUUGUGAAAAGGAGAGCGAACCGGUAACUACGACCAACCCUGUAUCAAAAACCGAGGCAACUUCUGCAACAUCCGCCGCACAUAAAGCCCGGGCACUAUCUUCGACUUCAACCCCUUUUGAUCGUAAUCGAGGUAAACACUAGUCUACUG